GAAUAUUGGUCGGUCUACAGUAUCCAGAGCAUAAAAAGAUGUUAUUGUGUUAAACAAUUUGGGUGGUAUGAAAUUUAUUUCGCUAUUCUAUCACAGGAUGAGGGUCAUAGUGACUGGGUGUCCUGUGUGAGAUUCUCACCAAAUACCGCCAACCCAAUCAUCGUAUCCAGUAGCUGGGAUAGGAAGGUCAAGGUAUGGAAUUUGACCAACUGUAAACUAAAGACAAACCACUAUGGUCAUGGUGGCUACUUGAACUGUGUGGCUGUAUCACCCGACGGUUCUCUCUGUGCCUCUGGUGGCAAGGAUGGUAAUGCCAUGCUUUGGGACUUGAACGAAGGCAAGCACCUGUACACUCUUGAUGGUGGUGGCAUCAUCAACUCGCUCUGCUUCAGCCCUAACAGAUACUGGCUGUGUGCUGCCACUGGUCCCAGCAUCAAAAUCUGGGAUUUGGAAGGCAAAGUUGUUGUAGAUGAACUUAGACAGGAAGUGAUCGGUGCAAGCAGCAAGGCUGAGCCACCACAGUGUAUUUCUCUUGCAUGGUCCGCAGAUGGACAGACACUCUUUGCUGGAUAUACAGACAACAACAUCAGAGUCUGGCAGGUCUCCAUGGCAACACGAUAAAUUGGAGAUAGACUUUAAAAUAAAUAAGAAAAAAUUUAAGAAGUAACAUCGUCUAUGGUUUGUGGGGAAAAAAUCUGUGAGCCAAGCGAUAUUGCAGUAAAUAUACUGUACAAAUGA